CAGCAUCAGCUCCUUAGCCUUCCGCCAAUUCCUGCUCCUGCAAAAUCAAGGCUUCUCGACCGUCAGAAACCAUGGCCAAGCUGAGCCUUCCGCUCCUACUGUUUUUCCUCAUUUGUGUUUCAGCCUCGGUUGCGCCGGCCCUCGCGAGGCGCUCACGCUCCCGUACCUACAUAGAGAUGUCAUGCCGCGCAACCAGGUACCCCACGCUGUGCGUCCAGUGCCUCUCUGGCUACGCCAACGGCUCCCUCAAGAGUCCACAGCAGCUCGCCCAGGCCGCCCUCACCGUGAGCCUCUAUAAGGCCAGGUAUACGAAGGCCUACAUGGUCAAAAUAGCCGGGGACCUCAAGGUGAUGAAGGCCCACGACUACCAGCCCGUCCAGGACUGCAUGGACCAGAUUGACAACAGCAUCGACCAGCUCACGCAGUCAAUCAAGGAGCUGCGGCAGUUCGGCCAGGAGACCGUGGGUGACAACUUCUACUGGCACAUCAGCAACGUGGACUCCUGGGUGAGCGCCGCCCAGACUGAUGCCAUGACCUGCCUUGACGAGUUCCCGGGAAAUCGGAUGGGCAAGACCAAGGCCGUGCUCAAGGGGAAGGUCCUGAACGUGGCCAUGACCACCAGCAAUGCCCUGGUCUUGUUCCACAGGUUCGCGGCCAAGUACGGGGCUCGAGCCACGACAAAGCCGUGAGGGCUAACUGAAGAAAGCUGAAGAAUGUUUUUAACAUGAAGGGUUCGUCUAUUUUUUCAAUCUUUUUUUACUCAUCAUACGUUGUUGGGUUAUCUCUUUGUAAUCAAAAAAAUUGUAUAUCAAACAGAUCAUAUAAACUCUCAUGCAAGGCAUGUGAAUAUAUGUCGGUUUUUGUCCUCUUUGCAUGAAAUGUAAAGUGUGGAUAUAUUGAAAUAGAAGUCAA